CAAAACUGCACUAAUUGAGGAGAUAAUGAUAAUCUUGGAUCUACAAAAUUUUCCACUUUUUUGACAAUGUUGCUGGCUUUCCUUUUUUCUCUCCAUAAAUACCUGUCCACACUCUACCUUCUCUUCACCACUCCUAACCCUUCAAACCUCAAGCUUCCCCUAUCUCUUUAGUCAAAACAACAUGGCAAUUUGGGUUGUUACUUGUUUGGUUUCUUUGCCUCUCAUUUUGGUAGCUGUUGAGGCUAGAAUUCCUGGUGUUUACUCUGGUGGUGCUUGGCAAACUGCCCAUGCCACUUUCUAUGGUGGCAGUGAUGCUUCUGGGACAAUGGGAGGAGCUUGUGGUUAUGGAAACCUAUACAGCCAAGGCUAUGGAGUUAACACAGCAGCUUUAAGCACUGCUCUUUUCAACAAUGGAUUCAGCUGCGGUGCCUGUUUUGAGAUCAAAUGUGCAAAUGAUCCACAAUGGUGCCAUUCUGGUAGCCCUUCAAUUUUGGUCACUGCAACCAACUUUUGCCCUCCAAAUUAUGCUCUUCCUAAUGACAAUGGUGGUUGGUGCAAUCCUCCUCGUCCUCACUUUGAUCUUGCCAUGCCCAUGUUCCUUAAAAUUGCCGAGUAUCGUGCUGGAAUUGUCCCUGUCUCUUACCGCAGGGUGCCAUGUCGGAAACAAGGAGGAAUGAGAUUCACAAUCAACGGUUUCCGUUACUUCAACUUGGUCCUAAUCACUAACGUGGCAGGCGCUGGUGACAUCGUGAAGGCAAGCGUGAAAGGUUCGAAAACAGGGUGGAUGAGCCUGGGCCGAAACUGGGGCCAAAACUGGCAAUCCAAUGCCGUUUUGGUUGGCCAAUCUCUUUCUUUUAGGGUCACUGGCAGUGAUCGUAGGACUUCUACUUCAUGGAACAUUGUCCCUUCGAAUUGGCAGUUUGGUCAAACCUUCACUGGCAAAAAUUUCAGGGUCUAAUCUAAUUUUAUAAUGGGAGUUUUUGGACUUUAAUAUGUUAGUUUUAUUUUCCUGGGAAAGUGAGGGAAAAUGUGUGGUUAAAACUGUUUUGACAGUGGGGAAAUGGGGGUUCUUUUGGCUAAUUAGUAAUGGGUUUUUAGUUUUUAUAAUUUUCUUUUUGGGUGAAAGGGUAAAGCUACAAAAGUGGAAAUGUAAUGGGGGCUGAAGUGGCUUGGAAAGACUUUGUAGCCCGCAGCUUUGA